AUGCAGGCAAUUACUUCAAAUAAUGGGCAUUUACAAGAAUUUCCAAAUCUUCUGGCAUCUCCGAAAGAGCUCGAAAGAAUAUGCUUUCGUUGUCACAAACCAAUUGCAGCGAAUAACAGUAAAGAGAAACCAUCUGCAUUGAAGGCUUUAGGUAAUUACUACCAUGAAGAAUGUUUUACAUGCCAAGACUGUUCUGUAAUAUUAAAACCCAAAUACUUCCCAUUUGAAGACCAAAAAACUAAAAAGACAAUUUUACUAUGUCAAUACGACUACUUUAAACGAAAUGAUCUACUAUGUCAUGUUUGUGAUAAACCCUUAAGAGGACUAUAUUAUACUGCCUUUGGUAAUAGAUAUGACGAAGAGCAUUUUGCCUGUACUAUUUGCAAAGAACCAUGUGGUGUAAAGAAAUGCUUUAUGUUUGAAGAUCAAUUGUACUGUAAGUAUCAUUUCCUAAAAUAUUUUUCCAAAAGAUGCAAAGGUUGCCAAUACCCGAUAUCUGAUCAAUACAUUGAAUUUCCAGAGGGAAAUGACGUUCAUUGUUGGCAUCCCGAAUGUUAUGGUAUCCACAAAUAUUGGCAUGUGGAUUUAUCUCCAGAAACUCUAGGUUUAUCGCCACUUCCGCAACUUGAAUACAACAAAUCUAUCAAAGAUGAUAAAACUAUUCAAACAAAUAACAAUAUGGAAAAGCAAAUGCAGGCAUUUACUUUUCUCUUAACCAAAACUUGGUCAACUUUAUAUCGAUUUGAAGAGGAACAGGCAGCAUGUAUAUCUGAUAUGUUGCAAUAUUUGACAAGUCAUGAUCAGAUGAAGGGAAUUGAAGCAACAGCAUUAUUUGUAUUGAAGGUUGGCUGUCUUUUCAAAGCAAUUGAUUCUUUAGAAGAAGUCUCUAUUCCGUCUUCUUCAUCUUUCAUAGAAGACAAAUCACAAAAUGAUAAUCCUUCAGCUGAGAGUAUUCCAGCAACACGUCUAAGGACAUUAAAGUCAAAAUACUCAAAAUUCCCGCGAAAUCUUUCCACAAAGAUUAUGAUAUAUCUGCAGUUAUUGAGAAAACUAAGCGCAGAAUCGCAAACGAAAGAUGUAUCGUUAUCAUCGUUUAUGUCUGUUAUCACAGGAUUGGCACACUUUCUUAAAUUACUGACAAGAUACGCGCUUUAUACUGCAUUCGAAAUUAAUAGAGAAAAUCAUUCAGUGACAGCAUUGGUUAAAUUUCUUAAAGAAAUAGAGAAAAAUGAAUUAAUUAAAACUCAACCAUUUUCUUAUAUUCAUGUUUCAGUCACAGCAACCGAUAGCUGUUCCUCCUGUGGUAAAUAUAUUCAAAAAGAGUGUGUGCAGUUUAAUGGAAAAAGGUGGCAUCUAAAUUGCCUUGUUUGUUCCAAUUGUAAAGCUCAAAUUUCACGUCAAGACCUCGAUGAGACAACUUACAACAAGGAGACAGGUAAAGUUCUUUGUGGAAAUUGUUCAAUAGGUGAUCCUAACUCACUUCCAGGUUUUACAUUUGUAACUGAACUACAACAGUUAAUCUUCUUACUAAAGAUUGCACUAGUGAGAUCAAAAGCUAUGAUGCAAAUUCAAAUGAAAAAUCAAAUUAAUAGGAAUCGCAUGGACCAUUUCCAGGAGAAUGUUUCAAUGCAGCAAACAUAUAUUAGAACAUUGAACGACAUAAAAAGACUGAAAUCAAGGAAAGAAAGUGUAAAAUUAGCACAUAAUAAACAACAAGCAAGGCGAUCGAUGGUCCUGGAAACCUCUGAAAUUGAUACAGAGGGUACAAAUGUUGUGCAACCAAAUAACCCUAAAAGUUUACUUGUAAAAAAUGAUGAGCCACUUUCGGGUGAGUCUAACAUACAUGAAAAUGUUUUCAAUAACACAAGAUCCUUGACUUUGGAUGAUAUUUCGCGUAUUGUAGCAACUGAGCAAGCUAGAGAAUUACGUCCUAAUGCUUUCGCACAUUUCAAAAAGCUUAAAGAGAAUGACGAUGAAAUAAUUGACAAGAAUAUAAAUAAAAGUGGAGUGUAUUAUGCAGAGCUGGGGGAACAGGACCUUUACUUGAUCCAGAUGAUAAGUUUAGCAAUUCUCCAAAAUGAAUCAAAGCUUAAUACAAUUGGUAUUCCAGGAACGACAUUACUUCCAGCAAGAAUGAAAAACAUAAAACCAGUAGAACAAACAAAUUUUUGGUCCAAAAUGAAGGUCAUGAUGUCAGGGGAUCCGAAGAAGGUUGUCGAGAACAAAGUCUUCAGUACUUCAUUAAAUUCUCUUACCGAACGGUAUGGGGUAUCUUCAAAUUUGGGAGUGAGCCCUACCAAAGUUCAAAUCCCAAUCAUUGUUCAUGAAUUAAUAUCUUCUUUGCGGAAUAAGGAUAUGUCAGUAGAAGGUAUUUUCCGGAAAAAUGGUAAUAUUAGAAGGCUGAAAGAAUUGAGUAGUAGCUUUGACGAAAAUGCACCGAAAACACCAGAUUUAUCAAAAGAGAAUGCCAUUCAACUUUCCGCUCUUCUUAAGAAAUUUUUAAGAGAACUUCCGGAGCCCUUAUUAACAACACCACUAUAUCCAUUAUUUAUUGAAGCAACAAAGGAGGAUUCUGAUAUUGAGAAGCAAAAACUUUUCCAUUUAAUCUAUGCUUUAUUGCCCGUUUACAACAGAAACACCAUAGAGGUUCUACUGUCCUUUUUACAUUGGACAUCUUCGUUUUCGCAUAUUGAAAAUGAAAUGGGCUCAAAAAUGGAUAUUCAUAAUCUUUCGACAGUGAUUGCUCCGAACAUAUUAUACAAUCACUCAAGAACUAAUACACAGGCUGCUUAUGGGAAAGAUUUUGCCCAAAAUGAAGGUGAAGAUUACUUUCUUGCCAUAGAAGUAAUUGAUUUUUUAAUUGUUAAUAAUGAAGAUAUGGCUAUGGUACCCAAGUUUUUGAUUUCUCUUUUAGAUACAGUCCAAAAAAUGAAUCUGAGUGAUUAUCCUUCUAUCCAAAAAAUAAUUGGAGAAAAGAUAGAUAAACAACAAAUUGACUUCUCUGAAUUUAAUAUCCAACAACCAACGCUAGUGACUAAUUCAACAUCGGCAGUUACCAAGAGUAAAACGCAAAGCUAG